AUGUUGAUCAGUUUGUUGUUGACUGUUUACUGUUUGGCGGAAUCGGUUGCUUACUUCAUACACAUUGAUGCAAACGAGGAGCAGUGCUUCUUCGAUCGAGUAAUAGCUGGCACCAAGAUGGGUGUAAUAUUUGAAGUUGCUGAAGGUGGAUUUCUGGACAUCGACGUGAAGAUUAUUGGCCCCGACAAUAAAGAAAUCUACAGAGGAGAACGAGAAAGUUCGGGUAAGUACACUUUUGCUGCACAUAUGGAUGGACCAUAUACAUAUUGUUUUGGAAAUCAGAUGUCAACAAUGACUCCAAAAGUGGUCAUGUUCUCAGUGGAAAUUGCACAACUUGGACAACCGAUACCAUCUGAAGCAGGAAAAGGCAGCAGUAAUGAUUCCUCAGCGGAUAGUCUUAAAUUAGAAGAAAUGGUACGAGAACUAUCUUCCGCAUUGACAUCUGUCAAGCAUGAACAAGAAUACAUGGAGGUUCGAGAGCGUGUACAUAGGUCAAUAAAUGAGAACACAAAUUCAAGAGUGGUUUUGUGGGCCGUCUUCGAAGCUGUGGUACUUGCCUCAAUGACCAUUGGACAAAUAUUCUACCUAAAACGAUUUUUCGAAGUUCGUCGAGUUGUAUGA